GGGACCCCCGCCCGGCGCUCGCAGCCGCUGCCGGCAUGGGGAACAUCACUUGUGUCCCCCAAGCACCUGGGGGCUUCCGAGGCUCUUUCCGAAGGAAACCUUCGCUGAAGAAAGAACAAAGUGUCAAGAAAAAACUGCCCAGCUUCCUUGGUAUAGAAGGAGGGCAGGAGAGAGAUACGACCACAGACAAAAUUCUCCAAUAUAUUCCAGGAAAGAGUAUUCAGAACCAGGAAAGCCAGAAAGAAAACUUGGACCAGAGGUUUCCCAGCCUGUUUAAGAAGGGACGAAAGAAAACAGUUGUCAGGAACCUGGGGAAAAUCAUCUAUUACUCCAAGGUCAAGUUAAAGUUUCAGUACUGCCAGGAGGUGAUAGACUGCUUCUUGGAGUUGUUUCAGUCUUACCUCUACUUCCAAUCUAUGGGCUCCAAUGGGCUCACCCACCAGGGUCUGCUGCCUCUGAAAGAGCUGAAUGUGUGUGAGAUUGAGACUGGGAAAAGCACUGGGCAGGAGGAGCAUGCUUUCUGUGUUACAGGUCCUCAGCUGAAUCCCCUUAUCGUGUUCUGCUCCAGUGAGUCAGAGCUGAAGCAGUGGCUUUUUCACCUGGAGAAACAGAUCCAGCUGAAUGGAGGAAGCCUUGGCUUGCCCUUCCUCUCUCAGGCUGAGUGGAAGCAGAGCUCCAUGGAGAAGGAAGAGCUGAGGUGGUCUGUGCAGAACAUGCCUGUCCAGGAGUGGAGAGGGACACAGAGGGAAUCCCUUGGGAAUGUCCUUUGUGUUUCCAAAGUGAAGCUUCAGCAUCUGCCUUUCCAGGAGCAGCAUGACAGACUGCUGGUGCUUUACCCCUCCACCCUGGUGAUAGUCUCUGAAGAGCCCAACGGGUUCUGUUUUAAGGGUGAGCUGCCUCUCAAUGCCAUCCAAGUGCUUUUUGAAGAGAAUGACAAAACUUCCUUUUUAAUAGAAGGGCGAUUAAUCAAUUCGAUCCGGGUGAUCUGCCGCAGCUAUGCCGAUUACCAGGAGUGGCUCUACUGCCUCAAAACAGCUCAGUUUCGAAACGCCGACUCCUCCCUCUCCGGAUCAGAAAGUUUCCCAGGAUCAAAGCUGCCCCACCCCAGCCAGUUUGCCAGCAAUGGGAGAGGGUCCCUCACUUCUGAUGGCCGUACCAACUCCUGGGCUUCAGGAGGGAGAGUGGCCACCUUGACACACCUCUCCCAGAACAGUGGCUCUCUCCCUGAUGGACAGUCUUUCAUGCUGAUGCCUGAGAGCAGGGGGUUUGAAGAAGCCUUCUCCCCAGGCUAUUCCCAGCCUUUCCACUGUCUGGCACAGCCCAUCUGGUCAAGCACAGGGCUGCCCGCCCAGGACCUGCGUCGGGGAAGCAGCGCCAGAAAGUCCAAGGAUAAAUGUGGACCUUGUGGCCAGCAGCUGCCAAGCCAGGACAUGGAGAGGACCAUCCAGGGUCUCAUUCCAGAAAACCCCACCGGAGAGCUCCUGUCCUCGGUGUACCACGAGCCCUACUCCUCACGCAGCUCCCAGCAUCGCCCUGCAGCUCCCCCGCCACACCUGGACCUCAGCAGCCUGAACAGUUGGAGCUUGGUGGGAAGUCAGCCCUCCACAGCCUCCAGCUCCCUGGAGAAGCCGUCCAUGUCCCGCUCCCCCUCCUACGCUGAUCCCUACACACCCAGCUCCCCCGGCUCCAGCUUCCUGGAAGAGUUCCUGCAGUGUCACGGACAGAUGGGCUCAGGACAGGUGAAUGGAUGCCCAACCCUCCUGCUACCCCAACAUCACCCCAUGCAGAAGAGGAGCUGCCAACCCCUGCCCAGCAGUCACUGCAGGGAGAUGCCUCCCCCUCCUAACAGUUAUGGCACCUCAUGCUGCCUCCAGCUGAGGCUUCCUGAUGCUUCUUACCUUGAAGAUGUCUCUUCUCUGCAAGAGAAACAUCUGAGACCUUCGUUGCAGCCACCAGAUGGGAAUUUCAGCACCUAUGACCUGCCAGAGUCCAGCUGCCUGCAUGGUGAUUCUGCAGCCUACCAUGACUAUGCUGAGCUCCAGAGCUUCCAGAGUGACUUCAGCUAUGACAACCUGUGGGAAGCUGAGGCCAAGGAGCCAGACACCCCACGUGCCUCCCCAGCUCCUAGCCAGCAGUUUUAUGAGGUCUGAGGCAAGGCACCCACAGCCAGGCACAGAAAAGCCCCUGGGGCUCUUUUCUCCUUGGGCUUCCCUCCAGGGUGAGGAGUCUGGGACAUGCAAAGCAAAGGGAAGGGCCCUGCUCUACCAAAGGCUGGUUCCCAUCUCCUGGCAGGUCCAGAGUUUAAACUUCUCCCCUAGAUCUGAGGAAGGGGGUAAAAAACCAAAAGGAAAAGCCCCUGUGGAUCAAGAGGAGCAGUGUGUGUGCCACACUAAGGAGCACACCCUACUGCUGCCCUGGCUAGGGAAAAGCAUUUUCCUCCCUUAAAAUAAAAAGAACAACAAAAAGCUGGUCAGGAUCCCU